AUGGCUUACGAGAGGGAGAUCGCCGAUGCUUUCAACGACGAAAAGUACCCAGACGUGACGAAAGUAGUAGGAGGCAACGUGAUCCUGGCAUGCUGGAAGAGGCAGCACUCGACAGCCGAUGAGGUUCUUCGAGCCUGGGACAAAGAAACCCGUCCCUCACGUCUACAUGCCAUGAUUGGCAACUCGCCGCCCGAAUGGGCGCUCAUUCAAGUCUCCGUGCUUCUCUUUCGCUUCACGCCGCUGCUCUACGCCCUAAGCCUCCUCGCCCUCCUUGCCCACGACUCCUCCGCGCGCCGCACCGCCAAAGCCGUCCUCGCUGUCCUCCUCCUCGCCGAGGCCCUCUUCUACACCCUCAUAUACCGGCCACAUCUGCGCCACGCCGCCAGCGCCCGCCCCGCGCACCCCGUACCCGCCCUCACCCCGGCUGAGCGGCGGGCGCUCUUCCGGCGAUGCGUCACGCACGCACGCGAGCCGGACGCCUACCUCCGCGGGUGGUUCCUCGGCGCGCCGCUCGACGACAUCCGCCGCGACAACGUCCGCGAGUUUCUCCUCUGGGCCUUCUUCGAGACCGAUAACGACGACGUGAACGGGCCGCUGAGUGAGGAGUUGAACGGGUACGUGGCCGGGCUCGAGGACGCCGUCGGACACCGCUUCGCGGAGGGCCGCGGACCGGCACGGUGCCUGCGGCUGACGCUGGACCCCAUCGUGACGGCGUACCGCGGCCUUGCGUGGUACGCUGUCAUCGCGCUCGUCGAUGCCCUUACCUGUGCACUGCUGCGCGCCCACGGAUUUCGCUUCUAUGCCCGCAGCAGCAACGCGGACGUAUGCGCGACUUUCCCCCCGCGACCGCAAGAACUCUUAUGCCGGCGCAGGUCGCCGGCGCCGGGCCUGGGGUACUGGUACUACGGGCCUGCGACGACGACGGCGUCCAACAGCGCAGCAGCAACAGCGCGUGCGGAGCCUGGCGGAUCUUCGUCUUUGUCGUCGUCGUCACCGCCGCUGCCAAUCGUCUUCUUCCACGGUAUUGGCGUCGGUCUGCUCACCUACUUGCGUUUCCUCUUCGACCUCAUCAAAGCCGCCCGUGCCAAGUCCUCCCGCCGCGGCAGCAGCGGCAAUGACAUCCGCCUCAUCGCCGUUGAGAUGCUGCCAAUCUCAUUUCGCCUGACCGCGCCGCCUCUCGACCGGCGCGCCUUCCUCGCCGCCAUUGCCGCCAUCGUCGACGCUCACGGCUGGGACGCGUUCGCCGUCGUCUCGCACUCAUACGGGUCCGUGCCGACCACGCACCUGCUGACCGCCGAGGACGCCGCGCUGAGCGCCCGCGUGCGGUCGGUCACGCUCGUCGACCCCGUCACCGUGCUGCUGCAGCUGCCGCACGUCGCGUACAACUUCACGAGGCGGCCGCCGCGGACCGCGGCAGAGUGGCAGCUGUGGUACUUUGCCAGCGCCGACGUCGGCGUCGCCACCGUUCUCGGAAGGCACUUCUUCUGGCGCGACAACAUCCUCUGGAAGGAGCAGUUGUGGCAGCGGCCACGCGGUGGGGGUCGCAGGCGAGUGACCGUCAGCCUGGCCGCCAAGGACAUCAUCGUCAACGCGCCGGCCGUGGCGCGGUACUUGCAGGAGGAGCCCGAGGUCGAGGGCGGUGCGGAGUCAGCGGUCGAGGUGCUGUGGUUCCCUCAGCUGGAUCACGCGCAAGUUUUUGACACGCCGUCGGACUACAACAGGAUUAUAAAGUGCAUAAUUGCCGAGGAUGGCUGA